AUGAUUGACAUAAUCAGAACAGCAAAUGACACGUACUACCGAUACAAGAUGCCCAGGGCAAUCGUGAAGUAUGAGGGAAAGCCAGGAAACACAAAGACAUUCGUGACUAACCUUGAUGAGAUUGCUGCAUCACUCAAUAGGAUGCCAAUGCAUAUCUUGAAGUUUGUGAGUUAUGAACUGGCAACAAGAACAGAUGUUACUGCAGGAAGAUAUGCAAUAACCGGCAAAUAUGACGCAUCAAGAGUUCAAGAGCUUAUAUAUGCAUACAUAGAUGCGUUUGUUGUGUGUCUACUUUGCAACAAUCCAGAGACCUUUUAUGUUGAAAACAGUGGCUUAAUGAUGGAGUGCUUUGCAUGUGGAAGACAAUCAGUAUUAAAAACAUCAAAGCUGAGUGGGAUGAUUCUAAAGGACAUUGACAAAAGCUGCAGUGUGAAUGACGAUAUAUAUUCAGGAGCAACUGAGGAUAAACAGGAUAGUUAUGAGGAGCAGGUUAGAACCAUGAUUGGUUCAGGAGACGACAGAUCAUCCGAUGCAAUUGAACUGCUUAGAAUAAACGGAUUUGAUGAUUGCCAGGCAGUUAAAGAGCUUCUAAAGAUGGAUAAAUACAUUCUCAAGAGCUUUCAAUCGCUAUGCUCAUGCGUUGCACCAAAGACCAUUCUUCAAUCAAUUGAGGAGUUUGUUGAGGAGCUGAGUGGGGAGAAGAUGAUAAUCCAAGAGUAUUUAAGGAUUCUUGAGACGCAAGGGAUGUUCAAGCGCACUGAACUUUCAAAAUAUUUCACAAGGCCACAAGGUACAAGAAAACGGUCGCCAGCGUUCAAGAAGGAGGUGAACGAGUAUUUUUCUAGCCAAUAG